CAAAAAAUAAUUAAUUUAUUGCUACAAUUUGUGUUAGUUAGAAUAUCAAAAACGAAGAGAAUGGAACACCUAGAUAUAAAUCCAUACACUCCGGGAUAGGUAUGCAUGGAGAUCAACUCAAAAAAUAGUGAAAAGAGCAUUAUGAAAAACUUGUUUAGCUACUUUAACAAAAAAUAAUAAAAGAUGAACAAUGGUUUUAAUAAAAUUUUAAACUCUCAAAGUUAAUCGAACAAAAAUUAAAGACUAACUAUUUAUACACCUAUGAUAGAGGGAUUAGUUAAUAGUAAAAGAGAUGCUAUUUCAUCUGUUGAUAGCGCUUCCAGAAAAAAUUUUAUUUAAUAAAAUAGGAAUUUCAUUGUAAAAAAAACUAGGCCCUAAACUACCAACCCAAAUUAAAGAUAGAGUAUUGCUAAAUCUAUGAAUCAAUAGCAAAAAGAUUAAAUAUACACUUUUUAGGAGCUAGAUAAAUAAGAAGUUUUGUUAUAAGAAAGGAACAACUAUUAAAAUGUCCAAUCUUUAUAAACAAGUAAAUAGGAUGGCCUUAAGGUGAGGCAAAACAACCCUACUCAUAGCAAAAACGAAGCAGAAAGUAUUGAUAGGCAAAAUUAAAAACAAGGCUUAAAAUAGUAAAGAUCUCUUAUCAAAAAAUCUGUAGUUAACUCAGUAUUUGGAUAAACAUUAAAUAAUUCAUUUGAAAGCAUCUAAUCUCGUAAGAACUCAUUUAAUAGAAAAGUAAAAUGCACUCUUAAUAGCCAGAAUUAACAAACUUAAGAAGCUUUAGAAACCUAAGCUGGUACUACAAUUUAAGCUUGUAACGCUGAUUAAAUUAAGAACACUGAUUGUUAAACAAUUAAUAGUAAUUGUGAUAAAUAUUAAUUAACUUAAAUUAUGAAUUAGACUAUUUCUCAAUAAUAAAAUGAAUAUUAUAAUUCAUAGCAAAUAAAUAAUGAAUAACUGAAAACAGAGGAAUCUGAUUAACAGUAUAAGUAUUCGAAAAUUUAAAGUAAUAAAGAUUAAUCAGAUUUUUAACAUCAUAACAGUCAUUUUUGCAGCAAAUCAACUAACUACCAACAUACAAUAUCUUCUUAAAAUAAUGAUUUUAUCGUAUCUUAGAAAAAUGCAGAGGAUGCAACUAUAGAUACUCUUAUUAAUGCCCAUAUUAAAAAAUCGUAGGACUACAGUUAAAUUAAUAGUUUUAACAAUUAAGGUGUAGAAAAAAUUAGUAAUAUCCUUACAAAAAAAUAAAAUUAAGAAUCUAAUUUAGAUCUUAGCAUUGACUAAUAAUUGAUAGAUGAAUCAUACCGAAAUCUACUUAAUGAAAGACCACCUGUCAAUAAAAAAAAUAAAACAAGUAAAAUAAAAGUGAGAUCUUCCAGUUGCUUAGCCGAAGAAGGUAAGUUAUAAAAAUAAUCUUAAAGCAGUAAUUCCAAGCAUAAUAAUAGCUGCAAUCAAUUUUCAUUGCAAAGUAACUAAAUUUAUUAAAAUGAAAAAAGAUAAUAAGAAUAAUCAACAUAAGGUAGUUUAAAUUAAUAAAUUUAAAACAAUGAAUAAUAUCAUUAAAAUAAUAUUGAGAGCUAAAGUUAUCAAAAAGUUAAUUAAAAUACCUACAAUUCUAAUAACAGUUUAAAUAAAAAUCCAUAUCUACUUUCAGAUCAAUACCAAUAGUCGGUAGAACAAUAACAAAGUAAGGGAUUGCUAUCAAUUAAAACACAAUUUCUAACUUAAGAAUCAUUUGAUAAGAGAGAAAAUAAAGAAUAUUAUCAAGUAACAAUAGAAGAAGAUAUUUAAAAUUUUACAACUAUUGAAGAGAAAGAAUAAGAUUAGAAAAAAGAAGAAUUAAAUUAUAAAGAAAAAAUUCCAUCAAUUUAAAGGAAUUAAAAUAAUUUAAAUUAUAAUUAAUAAUAAAAUUUGAGUGUUAUAGAAGCAAAUUAAAGUUUGCAUAAAACACCAUAGAAAGAUAUUGAUAUAAAUGUAAAUAGUUUGUAAAAUAGCAUGAAUUAAAUAUUAAUGAAAUCUAAUCAUAUUACAUUUAACGUUAUGAGUAACACAAAAGACUAAUUUAAUAAUAAUUAAUCUAACAACGCCUUCAAUUACAAUAGUUAGAUCUCUGAUAACAAAUUUAUGACAAGUUCAUUUGAUGCUUAAAAUUAAAUAUAGUUCGAUCCUAAAGCUAAUGAUGAAAUCAAAGCAUAAGAAUAAUUCAAUUAAAUGAAAGAGUAUAUACAGUGUCAGAUUGAUAGCAAUAAACAAGUUAUUAAUCAAUAUUACAAAAAUAAUUUUUCUUCAAAAAAAAAUUUGCAAGUAGAAAAUUAAGGUUUAAAUACCUCCUCAUAAAAAUAAUUAAUUAACUAAAACAAGCCAAUAGCAACUACAGAGUUUGGUGAAAGUAAAUUAAUUUCUUAGUAAAUACAAUCAAGACCUGUUUCUUCAAAAAGACCUUUGGUUUCUCAAAGAAAAGUAAGUAUUGAGAAAAAAUUUAACUUCUAUGAUGAACUGGAUAAAAAAUUAGAGGAAAAAAAGAAAAAUAUAAUGAAAAUAGCUUUAGAAACAUAAAUUUAAAACGAUACUACUAUAUAAAAGCACGAGAAUCUAAAUAAGGGAAAUGCUCUUAAAGGUUUUAACUCUGGAAGAAAUAAUUCGUUACAAAUUAACUAAUAAUAGCAGGCAUAAAAAAUACCUUUAUCUCAAAGAAGAAAAAGUACUUAAGAAACAUCGAGGUUUAAUACAAACAAUUUAGUUUUGAAUGAAUCUAAAAUUAAUAAUUACAACAUUAGCGAACUUAAAGGAAUCCCUUCUAAAAUAAACAAUCAAAUCUUUAUUUUGAAAGAUAAUAUUGAUAAUGGUAAAAUUUAAGAAUAGCAAAGUUAAAAAAUUUAAAAAUAAGCUCCUCCAUCAAAUGAUAAUUGUUUGAACCCAAUUUAAUCUCAAAUUUAUUAUUAAUAAUUUCUAUUAUCGAAUAAAUAAAAAGAAAAUAUUCAUCCUUAGAAGUAAUCAGACACUAGUUAAUUAUUAAUUUUAUAGGGAGAACCCCAUUUGAAUUAAAGCUCCUAAACAGUUAAUAGCAAAUAAUCUCGUCCUCCUUCUAAUUACUAAAACUAAUAAAAACAAUACUAACAACAAGAUUAAAUAUAAACUUUAAAUUAAGAGAAUUAUAAUAUUUCACAAUAAUAACCAGAACAGCUGUAAAACAAGUCAAUUUUAUCAAACAAUCAAACACAAGAUUUUGGAUAUUUUAUACCAACUAAUUAAAAAAUAUCUAGAAAAUAUAGAUCUAAUACUGUGGAUAAUACAUUUGAAAACAAUUAAAGAAAAUAAAUUAACUAUAUUUAAGCACAUUCAUCUGAAAAAUAAUCUAUAUAAAACACAGGAAGAAACUCUAUUGCUGCUAGUAAAGUUAAGCUUUCGAGAGAAGAAUAACUUUAAGUAAUAAAAGAAGUAUAAAUAUAAUCUUAGAAUAAAUUAAAAUUGCAUUAAUAUUUACAACAAAAUAAAUAAAUUCACAUGUAAAUGAAGCAUUUCUCAGAAACUAUCAAUAAAAAUAAUAUUUCUUUAAAUCAAAGUAUAUAAAAUUAACUUGGCUCUUCAAUAAAUAACUUUUCUUCUAAUUGCCUAAAUAAUUUAUGUGCCACCUAAUAAACAAUGAGCAUGGAGGUUAAUAAUUAAUUUUAAUCUAGCCUAAAGAAAUCAAUAAAUGAGCUAACUAACUUGCAAACAACUCAAGAAUUUUUACAAAGCAUGAAAUUGGCAAAUAACACUCAGAAUUCGUUUAGAGAAGAUUUAAAUUCAUCUUAAUUAAAUAAUAAUGCCUUUUAAAAAUAUGGACAAAGUAGUACACGAAAAUAGAAUCCAUUAUUAUACAGUGAUUAAAGCAAUUUACAUAAAAAUUAUGUUGUGCCCUUUACAGAAGUAAAUAUAGAAAUGUAAUAAAACCAAUAAUUUGGUACAUAAGUUUCAUAAAAUAUGCUCUUUAAAACAAAAGAAUUUAACAAUUCAUUUAAUCUUUAAUCAUAAGCAGCUCCACUAAAAUCUUCUGUUGAAAUAAAUUAAAAUAAUGUUUAAUUUUACGAAAAUUUAAACUAAAAUACUAUUUCUUAAGAAAUAGAUUUAGAUUAAAAAGUCUAUGCAAAUCACUAAUAUCAGUAUGCACUUAAAAGAUAGCAAAGAAGGGAUGAUCAUCAAAUUUUAUAGAGACUAGAUCAAAAUAAUUAAGAAUUAUAUGCAUAAAACAUUAACUAAUGGACUUAGUCAAAAUAAAUAAUUAAUAAAAAUUAAUAAAAUACUUUAGAGUUAUAAAAAAAUUUCUAGUAAUAAGCAUAGAAUAUCAGAAACAAAAAUAUCUUUGAAGGUAAAAAUCAAAAUGCUUAAUAAUCAUUGGUAAGUUAAAAUCAAGGAAGUAAAUUCAAACAGACUAAAUAAAUAAAUAUUAGUCAUUUGGAAAAAGAGAACAUUUAUUUGAAUUAAAAUUAACCAAAUUUACAUAGAAACUAAUAAUAUAAUGAUGACUAUAUUUAAUCUAAUAGAGGAAGAUAAGCAAAUUCUAAAACAUCAUAAAGAUAUUAUAUAUAAUUAAAUGAGGAUUUUGAAGAAAAAACCUUAGAAUACUCAGGAAGUAAAGCUGGAGUAGAAAAUUAAUUUUGA